CAACUAAACGUUUGCAACUGUUAGCAAGUAAGAGAGCAAAGGCAAAAUAUUUCUUUCUUUGGUUAAAAAAAAUGGCUGGAUUUUCUGACCACUGGACCUUUGCAUUUGGUGUCCUUGGAAACAUUAUCUCCUUUUUCGUUUUCCUUUCUCCACUGCCAACAUUUUAUAAUAUUUACAAGAAGAAAUCAACAGAAGGCUAUCAAUCAAUUCCAUACGUGGUUGCUUUAUUCAGUGCAAUGCUCUGGAUUUACUAUGCAUUUCUUAAGACCAACACCACCCUUCUUGUCACUAUAAACACUUUUGGCUGCUUCAUUGAGACUUUAUAUGUUGGCUUCUACCUUUUCUAUGCACCAAAGAAAGCUAGGGUCCAAACUAUAAAGCUACUUCUUUUAUUAGUGGUUGGUGGCUUUGGAGUUAUUGUCCUCGUCACUCAAUUUCUAUUCAAAGGGGCAGUUCGUACCCAAAUUGUUGGAUGGAUUUGCCUUGUGUUUUCCUUAUGUGUUUUUGUAGCACCAUUAUGCAUAGUGAGACAAGUAAUCAAAACAAAGAGCGUGGAAUACAUGCCGUUUCUCCUCUCUGUUUUCCUCACUUUAAGUGCUGUUAUGUGGUUUUUCUAUGGUCUUCUAUUAAAAGACUUCAAUAUUGCUAUUCCAAAUGUGUUGGGCUUCAUCUUUGGUAUUCUCCAAAUGAUACUCUAUGUGAUGUACAACAAGAAAGAGAAAGUUGUUACAAAGGAGCAGAAUCUUCCAGAGCUAAAAAACCAUGUUAUAAUUUUAGAGGAGGACAAGAAGAAGCUUCCAGAAUUAAGUGAAGAGCAAAUUAUUAAUAUUAUGAAACUUGGUUCACUUGUUUAUUCAGAGAAAAAUCAUGGAAAUUUAACUGAGGCUGCUAAAAAUGAGAAGGUUGUUUCCUAGCGCGCUGCAAACUGUGGAAGCUUGAGAAUUUGUAAAUUUGUUUGGUAAUUUGUAAAUUUGCAAGCAUCUUUACAUUAAGCCAUAUACAAGGAUUGUUGGCUUAUUUUGAUUUGAUGUGUGUUGCAUGUAUUUACAUAAUUAGUGUUUAAUUAUCAACUGUAAAUUAUGUUUGACCAUUAAUAAUUCAAGCUGUAAUUGUAGUCACUU